AUGGCUCUCUACUCAGACCCACAGACUCAGACCCACAGACUCAGACCCACAGACUCAGAUCCACAGACUCAGACCCACAGACUCAGACCCACUGACUCAGACCCACAGACUCAGACCCACAGACUCAGACCCACAGACUCAGACCCACAGACUCAGACCCACAGACUCAGACCCACAGACUCAGACCCACAGACUCAGACCCACAGACUCAGACCCACAGACUCAGACCCACUGACUCAGAUCCACAGACUCAGACCCACAGACUCAGACCCACAGACUCAGACCCACAGACUCAGAUCCACAGACUCAGACCCACAGACUCAGACCCACAGACUCAGACCCACAGACUCAGAUCCACAGACUCAGACCCACAGACUCAGACCCACAGACUCAGACCCACAGACUCAGAUCCACAGACUCAGACCCACAGACUCAGACCCACAGACUCAGACCCACAGACUCAGAUCCACAGACUCAGACCCACAGACUCAGACCCACAGACUCAGAUCCACAGACUCAGAUCCACAGACUCAGACCCACAGACUCAGAUCCACAGACUCAGACCCACAGACUCAGAUCCACAGACUCAGACCCACAGACUCAGAUCCACAGACUCAGAUCCACAGACUCAGACCCACAGACUCAGAUCCACAGACUCAGACCCACAGACUCAGACCCACAGACUCAGACCCACAGACUCAGACCCACAGACUCAGACCCACAGACUCAGACCACAGACUCAGACCCACAGACUCAGACCCACAGACUCAGAUCCACAGACUCAGACCCACAGACUCAGAUCCACAGACUCAGAUCCACAGACUCAGAUCCACAGACUCAGACCCGCUGACUCAGAUCCACAGACUCAGACCCACAGACUCAGACCCACAGACUCAGACCCACAGACUCAGAUCCACAGACUCAGACCCACAGACUCAGACCCACAGACUCAGACCCACAGACUCAGAUCCACAGACUCAGAUCCACAGACUCAGAUCCACAGACUCAGACCCGCUGACUCAGAUCCACAGACUCAGACCCACAGACUCAGACCCACAGACUCAGACCCACAGACUCAGAUCCACAGACUCAGACCCACAGACUCAGACCCACAGACUCAGAUCCACAGACUCCCACCUCCUCAACAAACAUCUCAGGACUAAACACUGA